AUGGCGCACCCAGUUCCAUCCGAGAGCAGCGGCGCUACUGAGACGCGCACGUUAGCAGCUGACAUCAUGCUCGACAAAGAUGUCAGCCAGCUCGAUCUUAAUCUUCUAAUCCAGGUCCUCCUUUGCAUAGUGCUGGGCGGUUGGUUAGUUGUCAUACGUUUUACCCGGCAAGAGAGCGCCGGGUUCUGGGCGUUAUUGACUGCGUCGCUGACGCACGUCUGCUACGUCCACGAUUCCAAGGCCAACGGGGUUGUGUGUUUAGUAUUAUCACUCAUACUCCUUCGGAUCAACCAGUCUUUCACCAUUUUCACGAUCACAAAGUAUGACAUCAAGUUGCAAUACCUGGUCGUAUCUAUUCUUAUCCUAGCUGCUGUACUCGCUCACCACGGAGCAAACGAGUCCGCAUCAACAGGUCAGCCGUUGCAGAUUGUUGUGUUGCCAUUCUACAUCAGCAUGUCUAAUCUAGUAUGCUGCUGGAUCGUGCAGAUUUCUUUGGAGAGACACGGCGUGCAACAGGAUCAUCGAUCAUGA